CGGGAAAGACAAGCUGAGCGUCCACAGUGAAAUCUUCCACCUCCCCUGACAGAAUAUGGCUCCCCUGCACGAGGGGGAGGUGAUAGGGAUCUGCUUCGUGAUCCGCGUACCGCCAGGCUGUCUCUCGGUGCUGCCACGUCGGACGGGGAAUGCCAUUCCCUGUUUGCGCGGGAAAGGGACAUGGGAUAGGCGGCUGAAUGGGAGGGGAUAAAAUGUUCUCUGCGCGAGGAGGAAGAGGUGGAGGAGGAGGAGGAGGAGGAAGAGGAGGAGGAGGGGGGCUGGCAGGACGACGACGACGAGGAGAAGGAGAGGAAAGACGUGCCGAGCCAUCUGUAGGGAUAGGGAUGCGGAUUGCCAUGGGUGACAGAAUCGGGGAUAUCGGCUGUGAUUACGGGAAGAUUUGGCGGGAAAGCGGCGUGGUUGCUUGGCGGGAAAGUUCGUUGCUAGGCGAUCCAUCGUCGUCGAGUUCCUAUUUAGCGAAACCUUUCUUCUCUCCUUCAGCGAUGAUGAAAUGUGAUGAUGACAUCUGGUGCCCGAGCUCCGCUCUCUCUCCCUCUGCAUUGGUUUCCACCUCCACUUCAGCCAAUCUCCCGCCGCAGCAUGUGCUCGAUCAACAGUCUGGAGGUGGUGGCAAUUCCGAUCCCUCUCCCCACCGUUCUCAGAUCCCGCUCCGUCAAGAGUCUCCUCAGCCUCAGCCGCCGCUGCCCCAGCCUUCGUCGCUGCCGCCGCGGGCGGCUGCGGCGGAGCUGCCGCCGCCCCUCGACGAAGCCUCUGCCUUUUCUCAGCUCUCUGCCCCCCUCCCCCCUUCUUCCUUCGUUUUUAGGGUUUCCCCUCUUAUCCCCCGAGGCUUCAAUCGCUACUUCAUCGUGAAGAGCAACAAUCGGGAAAACCUAGAGCUCUCCGCUCGGCGCGGAAUCUGGGCCACCCACCGCAACAACGAAGCGAAGCUCAACGAGGCGUUCGACUCGUGCGACAACGUCUUGCUCAUCUUCUCAGUCAACGAGAGCCGUCAUUUCCAAGGUGUGGCGCGCAUGGAAUCCCGAUGCGGAGAGACACGUGUCGCCGGCGCAUGGAAGUAUGCCAGGGGCAUGGGGUCGUUUGGUCUGAACUUCCGCUUGAAGUGGCUGAAGUUGGCGGACAUGUCAUUUCAGAUGGUCUACGGCUUGCGCAAUCCAUACAACGACAACCUGCCUGUGAAGAUCAGUCGGGACUGUCAGGAGCUGGAGCCGACGGUGGCAGAGAUUGUCUUCUCUAGGUUGUUCGACUUGCCCGACAGUGAGUUGAUGGACGAGGUGAGACGAGGAGAGCGGAUGUCGGCGGGGGGGGGGGGGGGGGGGGGGGGGGGGGGGGGGGGGGGGGGGGGGGGGGGGGGGGGAAAGAGCUCGGGGGAAGCGAGGGGAGCUGUGGCGAUGGAGGUGGAGAACGAGCGAGAGGAGGAAGAAGCGGAGGGAGUGGAGCAGGAGGAGGAGGAGGAGGAAGAAGAAGAGGAGGUGGAUGGGGAUGAGGAGGGAGAGGAAGAGGAAGGCGCCAAGGAAGGAAGAUGGAACACUUUCUACGCCGACAGAGGGCGAGGUAGGGGAGGAGGACGCACGGGGGGGGGCUACGGAGACAGGGGAGGAGGGGGCGGGUAUUACCAAGAGCGUCCCUAUCCCCCCCGGUUCCGAGGGACUCAUUAUGGAUCCUAUCGAGGUGGGAGGAGAAGAGGAAGAGGAGGAGGACCAGGUGGUGGCGGUACGAUCUACAGCAACAACAUGGGAAUGCGGGACAAUUAUGGGGGGGGGGGGGGGGGGGGUGUGCCACCGCAGCCACCAGGUAGAGGAGGUGGAUUCCUGCGACCGUUCACCGGACCUGGUCCGGGUUACUACGGUCCAGCUUCGGCAGCAGCUCCAGGACCAGGUCCGGGUAUGGCCUAUCCUCCUGCUCCGCCUCCCCCCCUUCCUCCGCCGCCUCCGCCUCCCGCCCCGCCGCAGAUGACUGUGGUCGCGCCAAUCCAUGCGGGGGGACGGCCGGCGUUUGCAGUUGAUCCUUCCAAUGGGAUGAUCCUGCAUGAUGGCAUCAUGGGUCUGUCCGUCAUAAGAGGACCUGGACCUGGUCUGUUGGACGAUCCAAGGCUUUCGAUGAACGGGGCUAUGGUUGCGAGCAUGAUGGAAGCGCACAGAGGAUCGGGAAUGGUAGAAGUGCCGCGAGGGCAGGGGAUACUAGAUGGACCGAGGGGGAUGGUGGCCAUGCUCGAUGGCUCCAGGGGGGGGGGAGGAGGGGGAGGAGGGUUGCUUGAGGGUCCAGGUGGGGUUGUUGGUAUAUUGGAUGGAUCGGUAGUGGGGUCAGGUCUGCUGGAUGGUCCACGUGGAGGACCAGGAAUGGGACCAGGGAUGGGACCAGGAAUGGGACCAGGAAUGUUCGAGGUGUCAAGGGCGCGCGGAGUUCUCGAUGGACCUAUGGGGUUGCAGGGCGGUGGCGGCGGCGGAGGCGGAGGAGGAGGAGGAGGAGGAGGAGGAGGGCCAGGGCCUGGACCACCGUCGUCUUCGCAUUUCCGGGCCGGGAUGGGAGGUGGUCCGGGAAUGGGAGCAGGAGUUGGGGGAAUGGGACCGGGAGCGGGAGCGGGACAGCAGGCUCAAGGGCCUGGUGGUCCAGGGCAUUCCGCCGCGUUCAGAUCGAGAGGAGGAGGGGGGAGGAGUGGGAGAGGAAGGGAGUUCUCUUCGCAAGACAGAUGGGUUGCGGGCCGCGUCCGCGGUGCGGCGCCGGCGGCGCCGGCCGCUCAACAGCACCAGGCCUGGGAUCCCAACACCAGCAAACGCCAGGAGCUAGACUCGUCUGACGCAAAGGUAGUAGAUGCAAAGGUAGAGGAUGCACAGGGAGACCACCAGCAGCAGAAGCAGCAGCAGCAGCAGAGGCGUCAACAGGAGUCGAAGGGUUCCGACAGAAGUGCUGGGAGUGAGGAGAGGGUGGUGGGUGAUAUUGCACCGAAGAGACAGAGUGGGGAGAGGGAGGUGCGGGAUCAGCAGCAGCAGCAGCAGCAGCAGCAGCAGCAGGCGGUGAAGAUGGCGACGGCGAUGUCUGUAGUAGAGGCUUCUCGAGUAUCGCUAUCGCGAGAGGAGUCGGGAGAUGGGGAGGACAGUGACAGUGAUGUGGCACCUAGGAGAGGGAGGAGGAGAGACGCCAGACGAGGAUUGGAGAGAGAACAAGGAAGCCCCUGGAUAGCAGCAGGUCAUGGUAUUUCAACGAAUGAAGGAUCGGGGAGAACCUCGUCGCAUUGAUUUGUGCAAUCUUUUUCCUCAAUCAAUCUAUCUGUUAACAAUUUCUUUCGGCUUCGUGAUUCGUUAAUAUUGAUUGUUGAUUGAUUGGUUGAUUGAUCGAUUGGUUGAUUGGUUGAUUGAUUGAUUGGGUGGUUGGUUCAACUGAAGUUCUCUCUCUCUCUCUCUCUCUCUCUCUCUCUCUCUCUCUGUCUCUCGCUCUCCAGUAGUUGCAGCAUUCUCCCUCCCUCUCGUCCAGCCCCCUGGUCCUCUCUGUGUCUGUCUCUCUGUCUCUCUGCUUAUAACGACGAACAGAUGCUAGGUCUUUUCUGUUUUCACUCCUAUGGAGUGGAACUUUCCCUCUGUAGCGGAGUACCUUCUCGGAUACUUCAUCUGAAUUAUCAUCACUGGCGAUCGGCCUGUUGAAACCUUGCAGCAGCAUAUUUGCUGCAUGGCGUGGGGUCUUUGCUGGCUGCCUCUUCUGUGCGCUGUUUGGCUGCUGCAGUUGGGCGAUAUAAUGUUAUACGGAGGAUCGCGCCAUUGCUCGUGCGGCGGCUAAAGUGCAGAGGGAGGGAGGAGAAGAGGAGGGAGGAGAGGAGUGAGAAGAGGAGGGAGUAGAGGAGUGAGGAGAGGAGGGAGUAGAGGAGUGAGGAGAGGAGGGAGUAGAGGCAAGAGGGAGGAUCAUGCAUGCAGAGAAGUCAUCCCUGAGCUGUCGAGGAUCAUGCAUGCGGAGAGAAGUCAUCCCUGAGCUGUUGCUGCUGACGUGUUAGCAGUUAUUAUUAUCUCCUCUGAACGACAAUGAGAAGUAAAUGAGAAGAAGAUAAGGUCCCCGAGGGAGGGAGGAACGGAGGGAGGGAGGGAGGUGGAGAGGUGAGAGAGGGAGGGGGGGGGGAGAAGACGCAAGUGGACAACUGGGCACAUUUGUCUUUUCGUUUUCUUUGCUUUCCCCUUCGCGUAUUUUAGAUCGGUUGCUGAGUUGGUUGGUUGAUGAAGCUUGCUCCUUUUGAGUGCAUUUGUGUGGUGUCUGUGCACGUCGACCUCUGUCCGAACAAUUGCGUUGUUUUCUUGUUAUCUGUUUUUUUUUGUUUUUUUUUUUUCAUUCUUCUGUUUUUGGUGUGUGAUUGACAUGUGUGGGGAUUCCCGCACAGGAGGCUGGCUGUAAGUUUUGCAAAGAGAAAAUUAGGUUUUCCACACAGACACAGACAGACACAGAGAGAGAAAGAAUGUGUGUGUGUGUGUGUGUGUGAGAGAGAGAGAGAGAGAGAGAGAGAGGACUGUAUAGCAUUUAGAGGCGUCAAUGCCAGACGGCUUUUCAAGGACAGGACAAGGUUACGAACCUCCACAGAGUGUGGAGAGAGAGAGAGAGAGAGAGAGAGAGAGAGAGAGAGAGAGAGAGAGAGAGGGGGGGGGGGGGGGGGGGGGGAGAAGGGGGGAAGAAGCAGCAACACUGGGUGUUGGACCUGCAGCUGGUUGGUUGUCCCCAGACUGGAUCUCUGGACAGCAGAUGGAUCUCGGGACCACAGACUUCUGUGCGGGAACUUGGUGAAGUAGAGAGAAGAGACUGUUCUAUGAUGGGUCUCUCGUGUAGCACAAUUUUUCGA